AUGGCUAGGGAGCUCUACAAGAAUACAACCAUGGAGCAGCUUGCGUUUUUUCAGCUGCUUAAGCGGCGCGAAAGUCAUUUAGAAGAAGGUCGCCAGAUGUCUGAAGCAGUACUGAAAAGCUUGUGGGAUACUCUAGGGGAGCUUCGCUCCUCAGCUGAAGAUAUCGAUGCUAUCCGCAAUAAAAUCGUUGACAUGAUGUCAGUUCAUAUUGAUAAGAGUAUGCAUACAGUCAAUGAUGGAAUCAUGGACAUCUUUAAACGGGGCGAGACCUUCCAAGUGGUCAUGUUUUCGAAGAUCAACUCCGCGGUGGAGACUGCCAUUCAAACUCAAACUAUGUCAUUACAAACUCUCAUUCCAUCUCUGGCCGAGAUCAUGAGCGCAAGAUUAAACCAUGUUCUCGAUGAUGUGGCAGAGCGGCAGAGAAGUAUUUCCGACAUCGCUGACAUUGCCCAUACUCGCUUGAUGUCAAUUGGGCGCGAGCUCGGGAUUGCUCAGCAGGCAAGUCAAGCCGCCAUGCCGUCAAUCGUACAGCUUGAGUCCACAGUGUCGCGCGCUUCCGUCCAACUCGAGAAGCAGACCGAACAGGCGGAAGUUGCUCAUUUCUUGCAGCUCGAGGCCGCCCGCUCUGCGGCCGAGUUGGCGGAGACGCUGGCUGACUUGACUUCGUUGACGCAGCUUGAGAUGCAGAAUAUCACUCACACAGCAGCUACAUUUCAAGAACAACUGCGCGCGCCAAGUCCAGGAGAUCUAGAGUAUUAUUGGUCGUCGUGGUGGAAGCCGAGCGUAUUUUAUCUAUUCCAGGUUGUCUUGCAAGUCGAUCCGACGUACCUGGAUGCCUUCGUGCAAUUGCGCAUUGUGCGCAUAUUAGUCUUGUUCGUCAGGAUUAUUUGGUGGAUUAUGCACAGUAGCGUGUCGCUCAUUAUGAGCAUCGCAAUUAUUUUGAUAUCAAUAGAACGACGCGUGCGUGGGAUGUAUAACUCCCCCAAGCAAGGCACGAGACGCUCGUUUCAGGACCAUCCCGACCCUGUGCACCUCCAAGGACCAGGACAGCCGGAUUUUUUAUGGAUGGCUAUACUUCCUCUUCACCCCUCUCUAAAUUUGGCAGAUACGGACAUCGGGCGUCGCGGAUCCCCGAUAGGCUAUGCAAUACGGCCCAAGAUUCAGACUCGCGGCUCUGAGCGUUAG